AUGUCAGCCACUGAAAAAGCCCAGGAGAUCCAAGCAGAAGACCCUCAUGCCAACUCAACAGCAGCCGAAAUCAAGAGAUCUAUCACCAUUGAUACCCUCCACAACGAUGAGGCUGUAAAGGUGCUUGCUAAUUACACAGGACCGGAGACCUGGGACCAAAAGGAGGAGAAGCGACUCGUUAAGCGGAUUGACAGACGUCUUUUACCAAUUCUCUGCACGACGUAUGGAAUACAAUACUACGACAAGGCUAUGCUGUCCCAAGCGGCACUAUUCGGCUUAAGAGACGACCUAGCCCUAGAGAUAGGCAAUCGCUACUCCUUCUCCGCCUCCAUCUUCUAUCUCGGCUUCAUCGCCGGCGCAUAUCCUGCGGUCCUAAUGGCACAACGCUUCCCCAUCGAGCGUGUGGCCGCCGGCAUUGUCUUCCUCUGGGGUCUCUGCCUCAUGUGUAGUGCAGCAUGCCACAACUACCAAUCCUUCUACGCCCAACGCUUCUUCCUGGGCUUCCUUGAGUCCGGCAUCAGCCCAAUGUGCAUGUUGGUGGUCGGGCAAUUCUACAAGAAGGAUGAACAGGCUCUUCGAAUGGGAGCUUGGUUCUGUUGUACUGGUUAUGUGUCCAUUGUAGCACCCGUGAUCAACUACGGCUUGGGCCACAUUCACGGUGCCUACUCGCCAUGGAGGUAUAUGUACCUCGUGGGUGGGGCCAUCACGAUCAUCUGGUCUGUGGUGAUCCUUUUCUUCAUGCCUCCAGACCCGAUCCGAGCGAGAUGCCUGAACGAGCGAGAACGAUAUAUUGCCGUCGCCCGCCUGCGAGUCAAUAACUCGGGUGUUCGGAACACCCAUUUCAAGAAGGAACAAGUAUUCGAAUUGCUUGUGGAUGUCAAGUUUUGGGUCAUGUUCGCCAUGACGUUCCUCAUGAUGAUAGCCAAUGGCCCCGUGUCGACGUUUACGCCCAUCAUCAUCGCCGGCUUCGGCUACAAUACGCUCAACUCCCUGCUCUUGGUCAUGCCUGCGGGCGCCAUCAUCGGAUCAGUAGAACUCGGCGCCGCGUACGUCGCGUACAAAUUACCCAAGGCCCGCGCAUACAUUGUGUUUGUAUGCCAACUAUCCACCAUCCUCGCCUCACUUUUGUUGUGGCUCCUCCCGCGCGACGCCCAGGGAGGUCUACUUUAUGGCGUUUUCACAUUGGCCUCGUUCGGCGGUGGCUACGCCGUGCUCAUGGGCUUGCAAAUCGCCAACACGGCGGGCUACACGAAGCGCAGUGUUUCUAGUUCGGGAAUGUUUGUGGGCUAUUGUCUUGGCAACUUCGUCGGCCCUCUUCUCUUCAAGCGCAAAGACGCACCGGGCUACGGCCCCGGAUUCCUCGGUGUGGUCGUCACAUCGGCCGUCGCCGCCGGUCUAGUGCUGGUCUACCGCUUCCUGUGCGUCUGGGAGAACAAGAAGCGCGAUAAAGCCGGCACGCUCGAAGCAUUCGAGCACGCUUACGAGGACGACUUGACGGACAUCAAGAACCCGCAGUUUCGAUACCAACUCUGACCGCGAAGCACAGUACAUUCGGAGUUACUGUGUAGACUGCGCGCGGCCCCCUUGCAUGAUCACCGG